AAGCUCAUGUUUUUGUGUUUUCAUGGUCACCCAUUAUCACCUAUACUAAAUUAUAUUCAUCAAUAAUAAUUAUUAUUAUAAUUAUUAUUAUUAUUAUUAUUAUUAUUAUUUGUAUAUUCAUUAUCCAACAUUUUCCUUUGUACAUAUUGUUGGAUCACUUUUUUAUUUUUUGUAUUUUUUUUAAAAAAAAUUAAACAACAAACACAAAAAAUUAUGAACUUGCACUUGUUCAAACCCUAGAAUUUAGCCAAUCUUGAACUUGCAAGAUCGAGUCUUUUGAAUCAUUUUGCUGCCAAGAAUUCAAAGGGGUUUCUGAUAAUUGAAUCUCUGAGGUAAUUAAGAACUACCUGAUUAAGGGGUUGAGGUGGCAUUGGAAAGACACUGAAGAAUAUUAGUAAAAAUGAUUUCGAGAUCGUAUACCAACCUUUUGGAUUUGGCUUCUGGGAAUUUUCCGACAAUGGGAAGAGAUAGGGACCGGAGACGGAUGCCAAGGGUGAUGACACUACCUGGGAGUAUAUGUGAGAUGGAUGAUGACCAGGCUCAUAGUGUUUCAUCUGAGAAUCCGUCUUCGCUGGCUGGUGAUCGGAUGAUUGUGGUGGCAAAUCUGUUGCCCCUGAAAGCAAAAAGGAGACCAGACAAUAAAGGCUGGAGCUUUAAUUGGAAUGAGGACUCGUUACUUUUGAGACUUAGGGAUGGUUUACCUGAAGACAUGGAAGUGAUAUAUGUUGGGUCGUUAUGUGUUGAUAUUGAUCCGAUUGAACAGGAUGACGUGUCUAGUUAUCUGUUGGAGAAGUUUAGAUGUGUUCCUGCAUUUCUUCCGCCAAAUAUUGUGGAAAAAUAUUAUGAGGGGUUUUGUAAGAGGCAUUUGUGGCCACUUUUUCAUUACAUGUUGCCAUUUUCACCUGAUCAUGGAGGCCGGUUUGAUCGCUCUAUGUGGGAAGCAUAUGUGUCUGCUAACAAGCUGUUUUCACAGAAAGUAGUUGAGGUUCUUAAUCCCGAGGAUGACUUUGUUUGGAUUCAUGAUUAUCAUUUGAUGGUGUUGCCUACAUUCUUAAGGAGGCGGUUCAAUCGUUUGAGGAUGGGGUUUUUCCUUCACAGUCCGUUUCCUUCAUCUGAGAUUUACAGGACUCUUCCUGUUAGAGAGGAAAUACUCAAGGCUUUGCUCUGUGCUGACAUUGUUGGAUUCCACACUUUCGACUAUGCACGACACUUCCUCUCUUGUUGCAGUCGGAUGUUAGGUUUAGAGUAUCAGUCUAAAAGAGGUUAUAUAGGGUUAGAAUACUAUGGUAGGACAGUAGGCAUCAAGAUUAUGCCUGUUGGAAUACAUAUGGGUCACAUUGAGAACAUGAAGAGACUUGCAACUAAAGAGUCAAAGCUUAAGGAGCUAAAGCAGCAAUUUGAAGGAAAAACUGUGUUGCUUGGUUUCGACGACCUGGAUAUUUUCAAAGGUAUUAAUUUAAAGCUUCUAGCUAUGGAACACAUGCUCGGACAGCACCCCAAGUGGCAAGGGCAGGCUGUGCUGGUUCAGAUCGCAAAUCCUACAAGGGGUAAAGGAGUAGAUUUAAAGGAAAUACAGGCGGAGAUACUGGAAAGCUGUAAGAGAAUCAAUAAGCAAUUCGGCCAGCCUGGAUAUGAACCUGUAGUUUAUAUUGAUAGGCCUAUAUCAAGCAGUGAACGCAUGGCUUAUUACAGUAUUGCAGAAUGUGUUGUUGUCACAGCUGUGAGGGACGGGAUGAACCUAACUCCUUAUGAGUAUAUUGCUUGUCGACAGGGCAUGUCUGGUUCAGAAGCUGAUUCAGAUGUGGAUGGACCUAAGAAGAGCAUGUUAGUUGUAUCUGAAUUCAUUGGGUGUUCACCUUCACUUAGUGGGGCAAUUCGCAUCAACCCAUGGAAUGUUGAAGCAACUGCUGAGGCAAUGAAUGAGGCUAUAUCUAUGGCUGAACCAGAGAAGCAGCUACGACAUGAAAAGCAUUAUCGUUAUGUUAGCACCCAUGAUGUUGGUUAUUGGGCAAGAAGCUUCUUGCAGGAUAUGGAGAGGACCUGUAUAGAUCACUUUAGAAAAAGAUGCUAUGGCAUUGGUUUGGGUUUUGGAUUCAGAGUUGUGGCCCUAGAUCCGAACUUUAGGAAGCUUUCUAUUGAUGAUAUUGAGUCAGCUUAUAUUAAGUCUAAGAGCAGGGCCAUAUUCUUGGACUAUGACGGAACUAUGAUGCCUCAGAACUCUAUCAUCAAGUCUCCAAGUGCUGAAGUUAUCUCAAUCCUGAACAGAAUUUGUGCUGAUCAAAACAACGCUGUCUUUAUUGUUAGUGGAAGGGGAAGGGACAGCCUGGAUAAAUGGUUUUCUCCUUGUAGGAAGUUGGGUCUUGCAGCAGAACAUGGCUACUUCUUGAGAUGGUCGCAAGAUCAGGAAUGGGAAACAUGCAGUCAGAACUCUGAUUUUGGUUGGAUGCAUCUUGCUGAGCCAGUAAUGCAGUCCUAUACAGAUUCUACAGAUGGCUCUAGCAUUGAAAAAAAGGAAAGCGCUAUAGUGUGGCAGUACCGUGAUGCAGAUCCUGGCUUUGGGUUUUCUCAAGCAAAGGAGAUGCUUGAUCAUCUAGAGAGUGUUUUAGCAAAUGAACCUGUUGCUGUGAAAAGUGGGCAGUUCAUUGUGGAAGUCAAACCUCAGGGGGUCAGCAAAGGUUUAGUAGCAGAAAAGAUCUUCACAUCCUUGGUAGAGAGAGGAAAGCUUGCAGAUUUUGUGCUUUGCAUUGGUGACGAUCGAUCUGAUGAGGACAUGUUUGAGAUCAUCGGUGAUGCUUUAUCCAGAAAUAUUCUUUCUUAUGAUACCAAAGUAUUUGCCUGCACAGUUGGACAAAAACCAAGCAAGGCUAAAUAUUAUUUGGACGACACUUCAGAGGUUAGAUUUAUGCUUGAGUCUCUUGCUGAAGCUACUAUUACUCCAUGUACUUCCGAUGAAGAAGCUGAGGACUCGGCUUGAAUUAGCUGAUGCAUGCCUUGGUUUGUUUGGUUUCCUUCCUACUGCAUGUAUAUUUCCAGGUUGGGCCAGUGACUUCAUCUCUUUGAUAGUUAGUUUUAGGUUUUAAGAUAACGGAAUUAUAAUCCGCUCAAUUAUUCUUUCCUUUUGACAUUGAUCCAUUCUUUUACCCCUUCCCUGGAAGUACUUUGUGUGAGAAGUGGAGUACUGAAGUUGAUAUGCAGAUUGUUUGUGCAUCUGGGGAAAAAAUUAUCAAAUCCUAGGGUCCCGGUGAAACAUUUAUGCAGAAUUUAGAAACGGAUUGAAGGAAGAAACCGAGACACAGAUGUGAAAAACAUGGUAUCAACUAUUUUUACAAGAUUGACGGUGGCAGUGAGUUUCGUAGAACUAGAAGUUUUGAUCACUCUCCGAAUAAUAAAGUUCUCAUUAUUCUGGCAGCUAACAUCUAUUACUGUGGACAAGUUUUUAUGAAGGUUGUCUUGCGUCUGCAUGAUCAUCGAUGGUUAACUUUCCAAGAGUAGCUUGGAGAGUUCUAUCGAUGGACAUGGAAUCGGUUUGUGGUAGAUAAGCAUCAACACUUAGAUCGAGGCAAUGGCGUUUUGACGAUCUUGUUGUACAGACUCUUCAGUGAUGAACACCAUGUUUUCUUUUGGUUCAUUUGGAAAACAUCAUAUUGAUACAAGUAAUGCAAUAAUAUUUUGCUCUAUAAAUUUGGUAUGUUUAGUUUUGUUAUGA